UUGCUCAAACAUCCUCCAGAUGGCAUGAGACGCGCAGUACGUCGUCUGUUUUGCAGUAUAACGAGUCGAAGCCUUAUCGAAGAAAGUGCGCUACGAUGGUGUUCAUGUGCAAACUGAUUCCAGAUGGGUCGUUCUAGCACUCUACCUAUUUGACGUUAGCCUAAAUGUUAGGAAGUCGUUACCGAUUACUUUCAAGUUGUGUCAUCUCUUCGCUGCGACGUAGCGCAAUACGCCAUACGUUAUGGAAGCCCGCGGUUCGGCCUCGCUCGAAUCGGUGGGAUCUAAUGUAAACCUGCGCUCGACAGUCUAACCGCUAUAGGAACUUACGAAACUAUAAGUGUCCAACCUGCAGCUGGAGUGAACUAAGAGUUCCAGAAAGAUGUCUUCUAGCUGCAUAACCAGUGAGCCCCAGCAGAAGUUGGAGAAGCUGCACAAAAACUGCCUAAUUGAACUGCUUCCGGCAAACCUUCUUCGAAGGCGCCCGGCACCAUCUGUGCGGCCGACCCCAGAGGAAGCCAAGGAAUGGGCCAGAUCAUUCCGCCACCUUACUGCCUCCAAAUAUGGCCUAGCCCUCUUCCACGUGUUCCUUGCGAGGGAGUACAGCGAGGAGAACAUUGAGUUCUGGCUGGCCUGUGAAGAGCUCAAGACCUGCCGUCCCAACAAGCUUUCCGUCAAAGCACAGAGAAUCUUCGACGAGUUCAUCGCCCCACACUCGCCAAAAGAGGUGAACCUCGAUGCCCUUACGCGAGCCGAGGUGACGGCCAGCCUGGCCAAGAGGCCCGACCGGACCUGCCUAGAUCUGGCUCAACGCCGCGUCCAGGGCUUGCUGGAGAGAGAUGCCUACCUGCGCUUCCUCCAGUGCGAUCUGUACCAGGAGCUGUGCAGACCGCCCGCACCAUAGCACGCGCCGACGACGUACGCCGCCCUAAGCCCCCCUCUGUUUCUUCUCAUUUUCGUUUGGUCACCACACCCACAACCACCGUUCGAUAUCGCUCUCCACUGGUGCCUUCUUCUCGUCCCCGUUAUCACACACGCGCUGUACAAGCAUUAAGAGCGGGAGGGGCUCUCACUCGUUCCUCACUGGCUCUCUGAUUUUCCCCGACCCCGUCGUCGGUGCACAUAGAGAGACAAGCAGCGGAAGCCUCAGGAAAUAAAUGCCAACUGAGGUUAUAGAGCCCACUCGUUUGUCGGUCUCUGCUCACUGCCGGCGGCGCAAACUCUUGUCUUCGGUGCGCGCCCCUUCCUCGGCAGAGGCGCGGCGGACUAGGGGCGUCGCCAAGCCCGCUGAAGCCUAAGCGGCCCGUCUGUCAUGCCGCCUCUUUCUCUCUUACACAACACAGCUGCUCACUCCUUUAUACACGCAUCUCCUCUGGCAGCCUAUCACUUCGUUGCAUUUUCAAUAAAACGAGA